AUGGCGGCCUUGCAGAUCACCGGUUUUGCCAAGCGCCCCGGCUUUGGAAUACUUGGCAAGCCGAUACAGGUUCGUUCGAAUCACUUUGAGGUCACUCAGGUUCCUGACAUUGUCAUCCACCACUACGAUGUAACGGUGACCCCGGACGUGCCACGGGCCCUAAACCGAAGGAUCUACUCAGAAUUCCUGAACCAAUACCGUGAAACGGAUCUUAUGGACGUCCAGCCAGUCUAUGAUGGCCGCAAGAACAUGUUCGCGUCCAGGACCCUGCCAUUCGGCGACAGUCGAACAUUUGACGUCACCCUCCCUGAGGAUGUUGGCUCGAGACGCCAGCCUCAGAUCUUCAAAAUCAAGAUUCGCAAAGCAGCCCAGAUCAACCUCGAAGAACUCCAUCGCUUUCUGCUAGGCAAAACUCCAGUGACCAACAACAUCCUCACAUCGAUCAUGGCUCUCGACCAGGUCAUUCGGCACAAGCCCUCGAUGCUCUAUGUGACCGUCGGCCGCGCGUUUUAUACGCCUGCAUCGAGACAGACCCUUGCAGGCCCACUUGAGGCAUGGAGAGGAUACUAUCAAUCGGUGCGUCCUGGGCUUGGGAGAAUGCUGAUCAACGUCGACACCUCUGCAACGGCUUUCUAUCAAUCUGGCUCGUUGCUCGAGAUCAUUGUCAAGAUCCUUGGUCUGCGAAGUCCGGACGACCUUCGCCGCACCAGCCAACCAGUGAACUGGAUUAAGGUCGAGAGGAUGAUCAAAGGCCUUCGCAUCACGGUCGAGCACCGUCAGCGGUCUCCGCGCUCCGUCAAGAUCCUUGGCCUGACCAAGAAGUCUGCCCGCGAAAGCACCUUCGUGAUGUCCGUGGAGGCACGAGGUUGCACUGGCGCUGCAUCCCAAGUUGAGAUCGAUAUCGCCACCUACUUCAAACAGACGUACAACAUGACCCUCAAUUACCCGAUGCUGCCGUGCGUGACCGUUGGAAAGAGCGCGAUGCUUCCUCUGGAGGUCUGCAAGGUCGUCGAGGGCCAGCGCUACGUCCGGAAGCUGGACGAACGUCAGACAGCCGAUAUGAUCAAGUUCACGUCCCAGGCGCCGCACAUCCGAGCCAACGGAAUCAAGGAGGGUAUCAGGCUGCUCAACUACGACGACAAUGAGUACCUCCAGGACUUUGGGAUGAAGGUCUCGAACGAGAUGGUCUCCAUCAAGGCCCGUAUCCUGCAGGCGCCUGUCAUCCGCUACCAUCACUCGUCGCGUGAAGCCAACGUUACCCCGCGCGAAGGUGUUUGGAACAUGAAGGACAAGAAGAUCGCCAAGGGCGCCGUGCUAGGUUCCUGGGGUGUCGUGGCGUUUGCUACCGAGCGCGAUUUCCCGCGAGCGCAGAUCAAGUACUUCCUGCGAGAACUUGCCGUCACUUGCAUGGACACCGGUAUGAACAUCGUCAACAUGGACCCACCUAUCUCAUAUGCCAACCCGCACAGCAACAUCGAAGGUACCCUCAAGAGCGCCUGGAUCCAAGCUGGCAACGCCGUCAAGUCAGUGCCGCAACUUCUGGUCUGCAUCUUGCCCAACACUGGCACGCCGCUGUAUGCCGAGAUCAAGCGGGUGACGGAUACGAUCCUGGGCCUGAGUUCGCAGUGUCUGCAGAUCAAGCACAUGCGUGAACCCAAGAAGCAAUAUUGUGCGAAUGUCUGUCUCAAGAUGAACGUUAAGUUGGGCGGUAUGAACGCGCAUCUGGCCCAGGGUAUCCCCUUCAUCAUGGCCAAACCCACGAUCAUCUUCGGCGGUGAUGUCUCGCAUCCACAGGCUGGAGAUACGGUUCGACCAUCGAUCGCAUCGCUUGUGGGCUCGAUGGACAGUUAUGCUGCUCGCUAUGCUGCCACCGUCCGCGUGCAGAGCGCGAGGACGGAGACGAUUGCCGAUCUCGCCGAUAUGGCCGUCGAGCUUCUCAAGACCUUUUACCAGAACUGCGGCAAAAAGCCCGAACGCAUUCUGUUCUACCGCGACGGCGUCUCUGAAGGCCAGUUCGCCGACAUUCUCAAAACCGAGAUCGCAGCCAUCCGUGCCGCCUGCAGCCGCCUUGACAAGGACUACAUGCCCACCCUGACCUUCGUCGUUGUCCAGAAGCGCCACCACACUCGCUUCUUCCCCAUGCAACGCGCCGAGGGCGACCGACUCGGCAACUGCCAUCCCGGCACCAUCAUCGAUACCGAGAUCGUCCAUCCCUUCGAAUUCGAUUUCUACUUACAGUCCCAUAGCGGUCUCUUGGGUACCUCCCGCCCUGCACAUUACUAUGUACUUCUGGACGACAACAAGUUUUCGCCGGACGAACUUCAGGAUGUGACCUACAAGCUUUGUUACCUGUUUGCGCGAUGCACUCGAUCCGUGUCCGUGGUUCCGCCGGCGUAUUAUGCCCAUAUAGUCGCAGCACGAGCGAGGUUUCAUGCGAAAGAGGAUCAUUUCUUGGACACGGCAUCGUCUGCUAGUUCAGAGACAAGCGUUGGAGAUACGGGCUCGUACAUGAGCAUCCACCGACAUAUUCAGAAAGUGAUGUGGUUCGUCUGAGCUCCGAGCGGAAGCAUGGACGUGCCAAGUACUAGCCCAGUACCGUCACCCUGCUCCACUUUCGUGUUGCACAACACCGAUAUCUGGAAUGGCAUCUGUACCCGUAGCAAUGCCAUCAAAAUAAAACGAAAUACAAAAAAAA